GAACAUCCAGCUGUCAUUCUAUUCAGUAGGGACAGGUCCUGUUUCCCAGACGACCAUGUCUUGAUGUGAAAUGUGGGUAUAAACCCAAAACAAAAACAAGAUUCUCUCUGAAGCUGGUAGAAGUGGAGAGACAUGCCACUUAACAGGGAAGAAGCCAUUGCUACACAAGUAGCAUUAAAAAAAGCCACAUUACUGUGCAAAGGGACACAAACCAUAAUUUUAUGUGACAUGUCCUGUGCUCUUAUGAGACUGAAGCUGAAAUGUUUGCCUACAAUAAUCAACGCUACAUUUGAAGGAAUAGGAGGAAAACUAGCAAACUUGAGAACGCUUUACCAUCUGUAAAUUAAGGUGUGGCAACAUCAUUUUGUGAGAUUAUUGAACAAAUAUCUUAAAACAUUUGGUAUGAAGUUAAAGCUCGAGUAAAAAUAAGUUACAGUGCCUGAAGGACAACAACUGUAAUGCUUUUGAAUUAACAAUCGCAAAACCCCGAUAAACAAAAUUGUGGGCAGAGAUGAAAAGAUGCAGGUGAGUGAAACAGCCUACAAACCUGACUCAGUUAUACCAACUUUGUCAGGGGAAAUGGGCGAAACCUCCUGGAAACUAUGGUGAAAAGGUUGAGGAAGGAUAUACCCUGUUCAAACCAUUUACCGAAGCAAUUCUAGCAAAUACUAAGGAACUGUAUGUAAACUUCUGAAUUUGAACAAAGUGACAAAUAUAUUGCUCCCUUUCUCUGUCACAUAAUCGCUUUUAUGCAACCCAAAAAUGUUUACACGGACUAAAUAUAUUGGAAAACUCCGUUUAGUUAACUUAAAUCCGUCCUAGAUUUUCUUUUGCUUUCAUUGACAGCUCCAUCAAGGUUAAAUGAUCCACAACACACAAAUAUAUAGUGAUGUUAAAUGAUCACAGUGUCCCUUCUUUGAAAUCUCAAGUAUUACAUGAUGAAGCUUCAAGGACUCCAUCCUGUCAGGUUGUCAUGGGAACCCCGCAUCCUUCCUCACUCUGCCUUGUGGUCCCUCCGGGGAAAGCUGUGCACCUCCAAUUUCCUGCUGCACAGCAAAAAAGAAAAAUCCUCUCUCUCCCCAACCUGUUAGAUAAUACCUAGGAAGGGAUCUGCAUCGGUCAAAAGUGCUGAAGUAGAGGGAGGGACAUUUAUUUGAGCAAACUGCAGCCUUUAAACUUGUGUUUGGAGACUGUGAGAGGAAACAAACACAUCUCAUUUAGAUUAAUGAGAGGCUGCACGCGUGGCCACAGAAUGUUUUGAUCACGGCUGUUUGAGGAGUGGUUCUGUGUAGUAGAUGAACAAUAUAAUUUCACCAAGGUGGUGCGUUCAGGAUGUUUAUUAUUGUAGCCAUUUAAAUUCCCACACAUUUCAUUUUGUGAAAGCACGGGUGGUAAAGGUAGGCAGCUGAGGAUACAUCUCAGAAUGGAAGAUGAAGGCCUCAAAUAGAUUUUCCCGUCUAUAAACCAGCAAUUGUCAAGUUAAAAGAGGCUCCCACUGUGUUCUUCUGGUUGUUUUGCUUUUCUUCAUAAUGUCUUGUUUAAUGUAUUCUCUUGAUUAUAAUGUAAAAAUCUAGUGGGGCAGUUGUUGUGCAUAUAGGCUCUCUGUGUACUUUAGACCUUGGUUCACCUGCAGGAGGAGCUGUGGUUUGCUGCAGCCUCUCUGGAGCUGAAGAGAGCGAUCCCUCUUUUUCUCCUUCAGUGGCAUGAAUAGCAUCCCCAGUGCUGGAGAGAGAGCAUAUCAGGAGGCAAACGACGAGGGGAGAGAGAUAGCAGGCAGUGUGACAGAUAAGAGUGUGGCAGAACUUGCCUUCCUGACUACACCGUGGGUCGGGGAAAGAGAGAGCAAGUGGACUUGAGUGUCAGCCUGCAGCCUGCACCAUAAUCACUCACUCACAGUCACAGAAACAGUCAUUCCCCAGAGCCCGGCUGCAGCAGAACUUCAGAGAGACGACUGACCUCAAAAAGGGAUGAUGGGAGAGCUGUCAGUGAAAGAUAAGGAGCUGAUACGAGGCAGCUGGGAGAGCCUGGGCAAGAACAAAGUUCCUCAUGGUGUCAUCAUGUUCUCAAGAUUGUUUGAGCUGGACCCUGCACUGCUCAACCUUUUCCACUACAGCACAAACUGUGAUUCCAAACAAGACUGUCUCUCCAGCCCCGAGUUCCUGGACCAUGUCACCAAGGUGAUGCUGGUGAUUGAUGCAGCAGUGAGCCACCUGGAUGAUCUCCACUCUUUGGAGGACUUUCUGCUUAAUCUUGGGAGGAAGCAUCAGGCAGUGGGAGUCAGCACACAGUCAUUUACUGUGGUAGGAGAGUCCCUUCUCUAUAUGCUGCAGUGCAGUCUUGGCCAGGCGUACACGGCGCCGCUGCGCCAAGCCUGGCUCAACAUGUACAGCAUCGUGGUAGCGGUAAUGAGCCGAGGAUGGGCCAAGAACGGCGAGGACAAGGCCGACUGAGGCGCACAGCGGGAGCUGCUGAGCAGUUGCUGUCAAACCAUCAACACGGUUGCCAUGGAACAAGGUUGUGUAACUGUGCAGCAUCGUGUCUUUGGCUGCUGUACAUGUGCUCUGUGAGCUGGUUUGUAUAACAUGGCAAAUGUAUGGUGUAGUUACACUUUAAAAUUAGACCGACCGAUUGCAGAGUUUAUUUUCUUUGCUGUGGAUGUUUAGCUUCCAGUCGACGCUGAUGUACAGCUGUGAGAAUCAGACAGCGUGGGUCCUUUAAGUCUGGACCUGAAAGCUGAGAGCAUUGAAGAUCACUGUAAGUUUCUUUGUAUAUACUGGCUUUGAUAUAUUUACUAAAUAACAGUGACUAUAGUGGUCUUUAUGUUGUAUCUUCAGAGAGUUGCACACAUGUGAAAUAUAUAUAUAUAUAUAAAUAUAAAUAUAUUAUUAUAUCUAGACAUCGCACACUAUUCAAACUGUGACUGUUACUGUGGCCAGCGAAGGCAGCUCUGUAUCCAUCUGGAACACAGUGAUACUUAAAAUGUGAUUUUACAGGAGAAAAUCAGAUCACUUUAGUCAUAACUCUGUGUGUAUGUGUGUCUCCUGGAUUUUUUUUUUGUUUUUAUUACACAUGGCCAUUUUGUUAUAUGAUGUUUUAUCUGAGUUUAUAGCAACUAAAGCGAAUCAAGUUUACUAAAUGUUUCUCAGUGGCUACGGACAAGAACUGUUAACCUUACUCAAAGCUUUCUUCAGUGAUCAAUGACUGUUAGGGUGUUGGUUCACACCUUACUCAACGUAGUUUUUGAUGCUCUCCUCAGAUCGAGGUUUUGAGUGUUUCAGUAGGCGUCUGAUGACUGUUAAACCCUACAUUUUAGACUGUUAUGUGAACUUUAGUGUUUAGUAAAGGACAUGUUGGAGCAAUUUCAACAUCUUUGUUUCUUUGCAGUUUUUAUUAAGUAUAAAAGUAUUUAUUGCAGUUGCUUUUCUUACUAGUGCUUAUUAAUUGCAUUGUUGUCACACCAAAUGAAGAAUUAUCAUAUUACUCCAAUGUAACUUUUCUCUAUGGAAGUGAGACUUAACUAGGCAUGGGUUUGUAUGAGAUCUUCAUACAUUUAUUAAAAGAGAACAACUCACAAAGAUGUGUUACAUGAUCAAAAUGUGACAUAUUUACAAAUUUUUUGCAGAUAAAAUAGUCUAACAUACUGAUCAGUAAAGCUAAGACAUUACUUUAUUGGUUUUUUUGUAUCUCCAUAUAUAAAUCCAAGUAGAAAUAUAAAGUCAACAUCUGCUAAAUUCUUAAACGCCAUUACCUUUAUAGGAGUGAGGGGUCGUGCUCCUUAGCUCCCAAAAGUGGGUUUGGACCGAUAUGAUAUUCUUGUAGUUUGAUAAAGUAAUAAUAGCACGACUGCACCUUAAAAUCAUAUAAUUUUAACUAAAAUCAGAUAGCAUGAUCUCCUCAAAUUUCAGAUUUAGAUGUAGUUUGUUUCUGAUUGGAAAAGACAAGAGGCAUUUUCAAAAAAAGAUAAGACAUAAUAAAAAAUUUAUUAUUUUAGAAAAAAAAAUAAUUUACAUUUUAAUAAAGAAAAUAGCUAGACUAACUUAUUGUCUUCAAUCUUUCUUGAAUUUUUAGUUCCUUCACAGAUUUUCUAUCCGAAACACAUCGAAACUCCAUUUAGAAGAAACUUUUUCAAAGUUUAAAUCUGCCAGUGGUUUGAAUAAUACUGUGUGCUUAUUGCACAUUGUCAUUCUGCUCUUUGUAGAAUAACACAUGUAUUACCAGCCGAUAAUAUCUGGGUUAUUAUCAGCCAGCUGUUUAACACAACACCCUUAAAUAACAAUAACAAUAAUAACAACAAUAAUAGGUGCCGUUCCUUCAGUUUUCACGACACAACCUAACUUUUUCCAGUCAGACAAUUUAGAGUUUUUGUAAGCCAAUAAAGAAAGUUGCAGUGACCACAUUUCAGCCAACAGUGCAGAAAAAGAAGUGGGAGAGGGAUAAUACCACAUUGUUCAAUACUUAAGGUAUUUUAAACCUAAAGAACAGUACAACAGCAAAGUUUAGUGUUUUAGCGCCAUUAUGUUCUCAAACUUUGGUACCAGUAACUAGAAAGAGUGGGAAACAUUCAAAUUAGUCUGUGUCCUGAGCAACAGAAGCCCUUUAUCAGCCUGCUGACCAGCAGUGGACAGCAACAGGCUGCAGUACUCAGUGCUCCAUACAACCAGAAAAAACACAAGUCACUCUGGCUCUAAUUAAAGAAACAGCAUGACAGAAUAUUUUUAAACUUUAACUUUUUAAAACCUGAGCAUACCUUGAAAUUGGCAACCAGCCCAUGAGGAUUUUCAUCAGUUAGGAUGGAAAUUAUGGUAUUAUCACAGACCACAGUAAUACAAAUAAACUGUCUGCUCUCAGUUAUCCAAUAUGUGCAUAUCACUGCAUUAUCAGCUCUACAUUAUUAUUGUAUGUAUCACCCACAGCUGUUAUUUACCGUUACAAUAAGAAUGCCAAGCAUCCUAACAAGUGGGCUAAGUAUGAAAAAUACCACCAUUCAACUGUAAAUCCAAGCUGCUGACAUGUGGUUAUUAUUGCUUUAUAUUUAUAAAGUUUAUUUUUAUAUAAUCUGAAUUAUUAUGGUUUUGAAAGAACAUUAUUUUUAUUCCCUCAGAAGGAAGGUCAUGCACUGUUUAUUCUUUUGAUAUUUUAUCUUUCGGUUUGUGGUUAAUGAUCCCUGGCAAAUUUACAAUUUUUAAUGUGGUUUCUCUAACUCAAAGUAACAAAAACAAAACAAAAAUGUGCAAUUAUUAUCGCAAACGGAGGGUUUCCAGUUGAACAGUCUAAACCAUACAUAGUCUGUUCAGUCUGUAUUUUCUCCAGCACAGUUGUAAUGUGUAUAAGCUGGCUCUGAAGGUGUUGCAUUUAUAGUAAGUCUUUUCUUAGUAGGCCGUCUUUUUUUCUUACCUUAAGCACUUUUAGCCAACCUUACAGACAUGUUAACUGUUUUAUUAAGUUUAGUUAUGUGUAUAUAUUGGGUGUGUCACUGUCUACCUCAUCAUAAUCAGCUGCUAUUGAACUGUGAUGACUUCACCUAGUUAUCUUUUGACCAAAAACACACAUUGUUACUAUUAUCAGAGUUAAUAAAGGUACACACUCUUUGUAAAGUAAAUUCUAUCCUGAACUUUUCAGGAUGACAUGUUAUGUGUUUACUUACAACUAAAUAAAGUGAUCUGUGGGUAUUUCACAGCUUAA